AUGUUGCCUCUGCCAUCUCAUGUUCUAUCUCAUCUAAAGCAAGCUGUCCUCUCCAAAUGCUAUCAAUCCAAGUUCUCUGUGCCUCCUACAAGCUCCCAAAAUGACAAGACUGUUCAAAUAUACCAUCUCUACAUCUAUACAAGGUCAAGCCCUACUCUCAUCUGUGCUUCCUCUUACUCAAUCAAUUAUCAAGACAAUUAA